GGUUUAGAAUUUCGUAAUAUUCGGAAACGUCUCUGAGCGAUACGGCGAAGUAUUGUACUUAAAUCGCAGUUAAGAUGUCAGACAUUGAAAAAUUAGAAUAUCUCUCCUUGGUAUCCAAAGUUUGUACAGAGUUGGAUAACCAUUUGGGACUCAAUGACAAAGAUGCCGCAGAAUACAUCAUACAUCUCGCUGAUAAACAUCAAACUUACGAUUCCUUCAAAAAAGCUAUUCAAAAAUGCCAACCAGAUUUGACAGAUUCAUUUAUAGCCAACAUUUUAAGAUUAAUUCAAAAAAUGAGACCUCCAAAAGAGAAGAAAAAGAAAAAGGAAAAGAAAAGUUCAAAGAAAGGCUCCUCCAAAGAAGAAGAAAAAAAGUCCGAUUUAGCAAUUAAAGCUCAGCUUUUCCCGGGUCUAUGCAUGCCAAAUGAUCCAUCUGUUCGAACCAUGCUCGAUGAGGAAAUAAAGAAAAAAGAAGAAGAAGAAAAGAUAAAAAAAGAAGAGGAGAGAAAAAAUAAAGAGGACUCAAAUAUUGCCGAUACGAUGAUGGCUGAACUUGAAGAAUUAGUUUCUAAUAGCAGACGGCACGAACGAAAGAGAUCGCGAUCUAGAGAUCGAGGUUCGAGAAGAAGAAGUAGAUCAAGAGAUAGGGAAAGGCGUAAACGAUCUCGAGCAGAUCUGCCCGAAAAUCCAGAAGUUGGCUUGGUCUAUGAUGGAAGAGUCACAGGAACGACCAAGUUCGGCUGCUUUGUUCAGCUAGAGGGAUUAGCCAGGGGCAGAAAGUUCGAAGGUCUCGUACAUAUCUCUCAGCUAAGAGCAGGAGGAAGAGUUAAUGAUGUAACCGAGGUUGUUCAAAGGGGAUCAAGAGUCAAAGUGAAACUCUUAAACAAAAUAGGUACAAAACUCAGUCUUUCGAUGAAAGAUGUUGAUCAAGAAACGGGCGAGGAUCUAAAUCCCAAAACUGCUGAAGUUAGCCAUAGGAAUCCAGAUAGACCAAUAACGGCUCCUCUUAUUCCUGAAAUUAACGACAGUGAACCUGGCGCGGCGCGACGCCGAAGAAACAUACCUAGUCCUGAAAUGUGGGAAUUGAGACAAAUGAUGUCAGCAGGUGUUGUUGACAAGUCUGAGCUGCCAGACUUUGAUGAAGAGACCGGAAUUCUACCCAGAGACGACGACAACGACGAUCAAGAUAUCGAGGUAGAACUUGUUCAAGAAGAGAGGGCAUUUUUAAGGGGUGUAGGGAGACAGAGUGCUGACUUCAGUCCAGUAAAAAUAGUCAAAAAUCCUGAUGGAUCCCUCUCCCAAGCUGCCAUGAUGCAGAGUGCUUUGCAAAAAGAAAGACGAGAAUUGAAACAACAACAGAGAGAAUCCGAAUCAGUAUCGCAGGCAUCGGGUUUUGACAAGAACUGGGUUGAUCCACUUCCGGAUUCCAAUAAUACCAACAUGUCAUCUACGUCUAAAAGUCAAUUGGCAGACAUGCCCGAAUGGAAAAAACAUAUUACGGGUGGUACAAAAGCCUCCUAUGGUAAGAAAGAAAAUAAAUCUCUUCUUGAACAGCGACAAUCUCUACCAAUCUUCAAAUUAAAAGACGAAUUGAUAAAAGCGGUUAAUGAUAAUCAAAUUUUAAUUGUUAUUGGAGAAACAGGAAGUGGGAAAACAACUCAAAUUACUCAAUAUCUUGCAGAAGCUGGAUAUAUAACCACGGGGAAAAUUGGGUGUACACAACCUAGGAGAGUAGCUGCGAUGUCCGUUGCCAAAAGAGUCUCUGAAGAAUAUGGAUGUAGAUUAGGUCAAGAAGUUGGCUAUACUAUCAGAUUUGAGGAUUGUACCUCUCAGGAAACAGUUAUUAAGUACAUGACGGAUGGUAUGCUGUUGCGUGAAUGUUUAAUUGACUCAGAUCUCCAAAAUUAUUCUGUUAUAAUGCUUGAUGAAGCUCACGAAAGAACUAUACACACUGAUGUGUUGUUCGGUUUGCUGAAAACUGCGGUACAGAAAAGACCCUCUCUUAAAUUAAUAGUAACAUCGGCUACACUUGAUGCUGUCAAAUUUUCACAAUAUUUUUUCCAAUCACCAAUUUUCACAAUUCCUGGAAGGACAUUUCCCGUGGACAUCUUAUAUACUCGGGAAGCUGAAACGGAUUACCUUGAUGCUUCAAUGAUCACAGUAAUGCAAAUACAUUUGACCGAACCUCCUGGAGAUAUCCUACUCUUCCUUACUGGUCAAGAAGAAAUCGAUACUGCUUGCGAAGUUCUUUAUGAAAGAAUGAAGAGUCUCGGUCCCGAAGUUCCCGAUCUUAUUAUUUUGCCCGUUUAUUCCGCUUUACCUUCAGAAAUGCAAACUCGAAUUUUUGAACCUGCACCACCUGGAUCAAGAAAAGUUGUUAUUGCAACAAAUAUUGCCGAGACAUCUCUGACAAUUGAUGGUAUUUUUUAUGUUGUUGAUCCAGGAUUUGUUAAACAAAAAGUUUAUAAUUCGAAAAGUGGAAUGGAUCAACUUAUAGUGACUCCGAUAUCUCAGGCCCAAGCAAAACAGAGAGCUGGAAGAGCUGGAAGAACUGGUCCUGGCAAAACAUACAGACUGUACACUGAAAGAGCAUACAGAGAUGAAAUGUUGCCAACACCAGUUCCAGAAUUACAAAGAACUAAUCUAGCAUCAACCGUUUUGUCUUUAAAAGCUAUGGGCAUAAAUGAUUUAUUAAACUUUGAUUUCAUGGAUGCGCCUCCUUUGCAAACCCUAGUCUCUGCUCUGGAACAACUACAUGCUCUGUCAGCUUUAGAUGAUGAAGGGCUCCUUACCAGAUUAGGAAGAAGAAUGGCUGAAUUUCCUUUGGAACCUAUGCUUGCUAAAGUACUGAUUAUGUCUGUUCAGCUGCAUUGUUCGGACGAAGUAUUAACCGUUGUUUCUAUGCUUUCUGUUCAAAACAUAUUCUACAGACCAAAAGAUAAACAGGCAGUUGCUGAUCAAAAGAAAGCUAAAUUUCACCAAGCUGAAGGAGAUCAUUUGACCUUACUGGCUGUUUACAAUGCGUGGAAGAACAACAAAUUCUCUGCACCUUGGUGUUAUGAAAAUUUCGUUCAGCAGAGAACAUUGAAAAGAGCUCAAGAUGUAAGAAAACAAAUGUUGGGGAUUAUGGAUAGGCAUAAAUUAGAUGUAGUAUCAUGUGGAAGAGCAACGGCUAAAGUACAAAAAGCAAUUUUAUCUGGAUUUUUCCGCAAUGCUGCUAAGAAAGAUCCGCAAGAUGGUUAUCGGACGGUUGUCGACCAGCAAAUCGUUUAUGUUCAUCCGGCUUCAAGUCUCUUUCACAGGCAGCCCGACUGGGUUCUAUAUCAUGAAUUGGUGUUAACUACUAAAGAGUAUAUGAGAGAAGUUAUGGCAAUAGAUCCUAAGUGGCUAGUUGAGUUUGCACCAAAUUUCUUUAAAUUUGGAGAUCCGACCAAGUUAUCGAAAACCAAGAAAAAUCAGAAGAUUGAACCAUUGCAUAAUAAAUAUGAAGAACCUAACGCGUGGCGUAUUUCAAGAGCGUUUAAGAAAGUUCAUUGCAAAGUUACAUUCUAA